AUCCACAAACACGCAUAUAUAUAUCCGCGUUAUGAACAAAGGCUUAUUCAAAUUCCAUGUACAACCUUUCAAGUUUCAUGCACUGAAACCUUUUCCUUUCUUAUCUUUAUCUUCUCAACUCAAACCGAGAGAACAAAACAAAACAAAAACUUGAUCGAGUUUCUGGAAACUCUUUCUCAAAUUCUCAUGGCGUCCCAAGUAUCGAAUAUCACAUAUGAAGAGGGCCAUAUCACAAACUCGCGUGGGAUGAAGCUUUUCACGUGCAAAUGGGUACCUGAAAAUCAAGACCCCAAAGCCUUAAUCUUCAUCUGCCAUGGCUACGCCAUGGAAUGUAGCAUCACCAUGAACAGUACUGCGACUCGAUUAGCGAAAGAGGGUUUUGCAAUAUAUGGUAUAGAUUACGAAGGGCAUGGAAAAUCAGCUGGGUUACAAGGCCUUGUUAAUAGCUUUGACGACGUCGUUACCGACUGUUCUGAUCACUUCACAUCCAUAUGUGAGAAGAAAGAAAACAAAGGAAAAUUGAGAUUUUUAAUGGGUGAGUCUAUGGGGGGAGCAAUGGUUCUGAUGGUUCACCAGAGGAAGCCUGACUACUGGGACGGUGGCGUUUUGGUCGCACCUAUGUGUAAGAUUGCAGAUGAAAUGAAACCACCUCCACUAGUGAUCAAUAUUUUGAGCAAGCUUUCCAACAUCAUUCCAACAUGGAAAAUAAUCCCCACAAAUGACAUUAUUGACCUUGCUUUCAAAGUUCCCGAAGUUAGACAAGCGGUUAGAGCCAAUCCAUAUUGUUACAAGGGCCGGCCUAGGUUGAAGACUGGCUAUGAACUUUUGAGAGUUAGUACUGCUCUUGAACAGAAACUUAAUGAGAUCUCAUUGCCAUUCCUAGUUUUGCAUGGAGAAGAUGACCGAGUGACAGACAAAUCAGUGAGCAAGCUUUUAUACGAAACAGCUUCAAGUAAGGACAAGACGUUUAAGCUGUAUCCAAAAAUGUGGCAUGGACUACUCUAUGGGGAGCCACCGGAGAAUAUUGAUAUUGUGUUUUCUGACAUAAUUGGCUGGUUACAACAAAGAACUGCCUUUGGAAAUUCCAGGUUGGAAAAUGAGCUCAAGGCCCAGAACGACAUCUAUUCCAAGAAAUAAAAUCACUAUACUCACCAAACAAAAUGUGGUUACAAGGCACCGUACCAAAUGUUGAGGUGUACGACGUUACAUGAAGUGGCAAUAUAAUAAACGAAAAUCUUAUGUACUGUUUGAUUAUCUUAGUGUGCCCUGAAAUAUUAAUCCACAAAUAAACCUGAAGAUAUAGUAGACUUUUUAUGUAUCCAAAUGAUGGAGUGUUGGGUCUACCAAAAGUAUUAAACUUGAAAAAUUAUUACCUCUCUAAGAGUAUUAAUUUAACAUUUUUUAAUUUUUUUAAAUUAUCUUGAGUCCUUUAUUUGGCUUUGUGUAAAUCUUGAAUGUUUGUGUAAAUCUUGAAUGCUUCAAAAUUGAAUCCAUUCUAUCAAA